AUGGCAGCAUCUUUUCUCUUCAACAUUGCAAACUCCAUCUUAGGUAAAUUAGGAUCUCAUGCUCUUCAAGAGUUUUACUUGAUUUGGGGUGUUAAAAAUGAGCUCAAAAAACUCAAGAAGACCUUAGUCACCAUCAGAGAUGUACUGUUGGAUGCUGAGGAUCAACAAUCCAAGAAUCAUGAGUUGACCAAUUGGCUUAAAGAACUCAAAGAUGUUCUUUAUGAUGCUGAUGAUUUUCUUGAUGAAAUUCAGACUCAUGUACAACAGAGUCAAAGGUAUAGAAUGGGUUAUAAAGUGAAAGAAAUAAGGGAGAGAUUAGAUAGUAUUGCAGCCGAUAAAGCUAAAUUCCACUUAUCUGAGAGAACUAUUGCCUUAGAAAUGAAUAAAAGGGAUUUGACAUAUUCAUUUAUUCUUCCUUCUGAUGUUGUUGGAAGGAGGAAUGAGAGUGAAGAGGUUAUUGAAGUUCUAAUGCAAAAGGGUGUUGUUGAUGAUCAGAGUCGUCUCUCUGUGGUAUCAAUUGUUGGGAUUGGAGGUAUGGGGAAAACCACACUUGCUAAAUUAGUGUAUAUAGAUGAGAGGAUAGUUAAGAACUUUCCUGUGAGGAUUUGGUUAUGUGCCUCACAGGAUUUCGACGUUGCAAAAUUGUCUAGAAACAUCGUUGUUAAUUUGGCGAGUGGUGCCUCUUGUGAUAACUUUAAUGUUGAACAAGUCCAUGCUUCGCUUCAAGAUGCUUUGAGGGGGAAGAGGUUUUUACUCAUCAUUGAUGAUGUUUGGAGUCGGGAUCGUUCCAAGUGGUUGGAAUUGAGAAGUUUGUUGAUGGUUGGAGAGUGUGGAAGCAAGGUCGUUGUAACUACUCGUAGUGAUUAUAUUGCCUCGAUGAUGGAAUCUGUCGUUACUUAUAACUUGAAGGAGCUUCCACAUGAGGAUUGCCUCUCUUUGUUUCUAAAAUGGGCGUUUAGGAACGGACAAGAGAGGCAUUUUCCGAACCUUACUAAAAUUGGAGAAGAUAUUGUGAAGAAAUGUAAAGGAGUGCCUUUGGCAGUAAAGACUCUCGGAGGCAUGCUGUAUGCGACAACAGAUGAAAGGGAAUGGUUAAAAGUGAGAGACGAUGAGAUAUGGCAACUAAAUCAGGAAGGUGAUGAUAUCUUACCUGCACUAAGGUUAAGCUAUAAUCAGUUGCCAUAUUACUUGAAGCCAUGCUUUGCUUACUGCUCAAUAUUUCCCAAGGGUCAAGAAAUCGCGAGCAGUAUGCUGAUUCAGUUGUGGUCGGCUCAAGGGCUAAUACAUUCGUCUAACGAAAGCCAAGAGUUGGAAGAUGUUGGUGUCCACUAUGUGAAAGAGUUGUGCUCGAGAUCUCUUUUCGAAGAGGUUGAAGCGUAUGACUCGUUCAUAAGUAUUAAAAUGCAUGAUCUUUUGCAUGACCUUGCAGUAUUUGUUGCACAAACUGAUUGUUGUGUCAUAAAAAACAACACUGAUAGUAUAACUGAAAAGGUUCGUCAUGUAACACUUUUCAGUUAUAGUCCUUCAGAGGAAAGCAUUCCUGGAAUUUUAUGUAAACAGAAGAGAAUUCGGACCAUUUUUGCUCCGUCUGAAGGAUUUGAAAGAUAUGCUGCUCUUUGGGUUGGUCAAUGCAUUUCAAAAUUCAAGUACUUGAGGGUGUUAGAUUUACGCCAUUCAAGUCUUGAGAUGCUGCCAGAUUCUAUUGGAAACAUGAAGCAUCUAAGGUACAUUGAUUUUAGUGGCAACAAUAACAUCCAAAUGCUUCCCUCAAACAUCUGCAAGUUGCCUAAUCUGCAAACUUUACGGAUUGUUCUUUGCAUGAAACUUCAGAAAUUGCCAAGGGAGCUGGGAAAUUUGGUCAGUCUAAGACAUCUGUACUUGACAACCAAAGAGCAGAAUUUACCGGAGAAAGGAUUGGGGUCCUUGGCAGUUCUUCAAUCCCUGUCCAUAUUCGGAUGUGAAAAUCUUGUAUCCCUAUUCGAAGGAAUACAGAAGCUCACGAAACUUAGGACUCUGGUUAUCGGUGAUUGUCCGAGGUUGACUGCUUUGCCAAGAGGCAUAGUUCACUUGCCAGCCUUAGAGAACUUUAUGAUUGUCAACUGUGAAGAGCUUAUGUUGUCUGACUGGCCAGAUUUUGAGGGUCUAAAGAGAAUCCGGUCACUUGUAAUCGGAGGACUUCCACAUUUGGUGUCUUUGCCAGAGUGGUUGAAAGGGGAUUCUAAUAGUCUAAAGUUCAUUCGCAUCUCAACAUGUCCAAGCUUCAUUGCAAUGCCUGAUUGGCUGGAAAACUCCACGUCCCUCGAGAAGCUUGAGAUAACAGGGUGCCCGAAAUUUUCAUCUCUCCCGGAUAGCAUGAGUUGUCUUACUACAUUGAGGAUGUUGAAAAUUCAGAAAUGUCCUGAAUUAACUAGACGAUGCGAAAAGGAUGCUGGAGAGGAUUGGACAAAGAUUGCUCACAUCCAGGAAAUUCAUCUUAAUGAUAUCACAAUAUAUAACUAGGUGAGAUGAAUGUGUCCAAUCUAUGAUGGAUGUCCCCACAUCACAUGUAAGUUCAGAGAUCACAGCUCAGAAG